UAUCUUCCUCGACCUUUUGCGGAUCUUGUUUCCAAUCUUACUUGUUAUAUUUCAGGAGCACAUGAAUUUUCAACGAUCAAUUCUUGUGUUAAGCAAUUUUUGUUAAGCCAAAGCCCAUCAGAUGCCGUAAUAUAUAGGAAACAAGUAUGGAUACUUUUAAUGUCAUUUCCAAAGUGGCAUUAUUGGAUUAUCGAAGUAAUUUUUGAUGAAUUGCUCUUUCCAGAAAUUAGUGAAUUAGAAGAGCCAAUACAUUAUCUAGCGUGGUUAGUGUGUCCAAGAGAUGAUAUUGCUAUUAUCACUCUUACUAAUACUAUAGUAGACAUUAUUAUAUCCGUAAGAGAGUGUUUGUCAGUAUCACAACAUAGAAACGAAAGAAUUCUUUCGUGUCUUGAACGAUAUAAACCUAUUUUUGCCAAUCAAAUGAUUUUAGUAGAUGUUGUGUUAGGAUUGUGGCCAGUUACCAACUCCUUAGAUUUAAUGAAGAAGCUUGUAAAUUUUUGCAUAGAGAAUCAUAAUGAACAACUAAACGUGUUAUCCAGACAGAAUGAUAGUGUCAAUUUAACGACAUUAACACUUAUUCUAGAUUAUUUCUACGAAACGCAAGUUACAGAAAACAAUCCUGAAAUGAAAGAUUUCUUAAAUAACUUGCAAGAGUUAUAUAAAAGUUCAUUAUCAUCG